AUGGUGGCACGGUGGCAGCUCGGCGGCAAGAUCCCGAAGCUGCUGGUGGCCGCGGCGAGCGUGGCGGCCGUCCUUCUCACGGCCGCCAUCCUCUUCGAGACCCGGUGGACGCCUUCCAGCGACGCCCAGACAUGGGUCUCGGCCGGAGUCCGCGUGGUCAUGAGCGCCAUGUCUGAGAAGGGCGGCAUCCCGUUGGCGACGGUGCCGAACCCCGGCGACCGGCUCCUGGGCGGUCUCCUCUCGCCGGACUUCGACGACAGCUCCUGCCUGAGCCGGUACCGAGCCUCACUCUACCGCCAGGCGUCGCUGCACGCGCUCUCACCGCACCUCGUCUCCGCCCUCCGCCGGUACGAGUCCCUCCACCGCCUCUGCGCCCCGGGCACUCCCGCCUACGCGCGCGCCGUCGAACGCCUACGCGCCGCCUCUCCCAACGCCUCCGCCGGCGACGGCGCUGACCCCUCUGGCGCGCGGUGCAACUACCUGGUGUGGACACCGAACGCCGGCCUCGGCAACCGCAUCCUCUCCAUCGCCUCCGGCUUCCUCUACGCGCUGCUCACCGACCGCGUGCUGCUCCUCCACAGCGGCAGCCGCCACGACCUGGACGGCCUCUUCUGCGAGCCUUUCCCGGGGUCCACGUGGAUCCUGCCGGAGAAAGACCUCCCCGGCCAAGAGGGCCUCGGCAUCCGCACCAACGAGAGCCUCGGGAAUACGCUGAGACGUGGGGAGGCGCUCGGCGGGGCGCCGUGGCUGUACGUGCACCUGCUGCACAACUACUACGCCCAGGACAAACUCUUCUUCUGCGACGACGUGCAGGCCGAGCUGGCGCGCGUGCCCUGGCUCGUGUUCCAGGCGGACAACUACUUCGUGCCGGCGCUGUUCCUGAUCCCGCGGCACGAGCGGGAGCUCGCGCGCAUGUUCCCGCGUCGCGACGCCGUGUUCCACCACCUCGGCCGCUACCUCUUCCACCCCAGCAACACGGUGUGGGGCAUGGUGACGCGGUACCACGGUUCCUCCUACUUCGCCCAGGCGGACGAGCGCGUCGGCAUCCAGGUGCGCGUGUUCAAGUGGGCGCCCAUCUCCACCGACGAGCUCUACGGCCAGAUCCUCAGUUGCGCGCAGCACGAGAACAUCCUGCCCGGCGUCAGUGUGCCCACCAGAGCCAACACCGCCGCCGUGGGCUCCGGCACCCAGGCGCCGGCCAAACGCAAGGCGGUGGUCGUCGUUUCCCUAUACAACGAGUACUCUGAAAAGCUCGGGGAACUGUACCACGAGCACGGCGGCGUGGCAGGCGGGGAGGCGGUGAGCGUGUUCCAGCCGACGCAUCUGGGCGAGCAACGCUUCGGUGACCGGCAGCAGGACCAGAAGGCGCUCGCGGAGAUGGUGCUACUCAGCUUCGCGGACGUGCUGGUCACCACCGGCGUUUCGACGUUCGGGUACGUCAGCCAGGGGCUGGCCGGGCUGAGACCGUGGGUGCUUAUGGCCCCUAACCAUGGAAAGGCGCCCGACACGCCGUGCCGACUGGCCCCCACAAUUGAGCCGUGUUUUCACUCGCCGCCCAACUACGACUGCCGGGCGAAGGCCAGUGGUGACACCGGCAGGAUGGUCCGGCACAUCCGGCACUGCGAGGACUUCCCACAGGGCGUCCAGUUGCUGCAGUCAUGA